UGGCUACCGGGCGCCGGGGGGGGGGGUUUGUGGGAAGUGCCGGAAAACAGCUGCGCCUUUAACAUCGCGUUUGCGCGCCGUGGAGCGGGGUUUCGGUGUGUUUAACCGGAGGCGGGUGACGGCACGCCCAGGGUGGCGCAUACGGCAGGGCAACAGCCGAGGGGCGGCUACGGGCCCAGGCGCGGGUGCUGGCCGGCAUGGGGGGCCAGGGGGACAACUACUACGGCAAGCACGGGACGCCGCAAAAAUAUGACCCCACUUUCAAAGGUCCCAUCUACGACAGGGGCUGCACCGACGUCGUCUGCUGCGUCCUGCUGGUCCUCGCCAUCGUGGGCUACGUGGUGGUGGGCAUCGUGGCCUGGACCCACGGAGACCCCCGGAAGGUGAUCUACCCCACCGACAGCCGCGGGCAGUUCUGCGGGCAGCAGGGAACCCCCAACGAGAAGAAACCUUUCCUCUUCUACUUCGACAUCGUGAAGUGCGCCAGCCCGCUGGUGCUGCUGGAGUUUCAAUGUCCCACCACGCAGAUCUGCGUCAGCAAAUGUCCGGAUCGGUACCUGACGUACCUGAGCGCCUACGGCUCCCGCACGCCUGCCGAGUUGGAGUAUUAUCGCCAAUUCUGCGUCCCCGAGUUCAAAAACCUGCAGAAGCCUCCCAUCCAGGUGCUGAAGGACAAGGAGUGCCCGGCCAUGAUCAUCCCCAGCACCCCGCUGGCGCGGCGAUGCUUCCCGGCCAUCCAGGCCAAGAAGGGCGUCAUCAUGGUCGGCAACGAGACCACCUACGACGACGGCCACGGGCGCCGGAGGAACGUCACCGAGCUGCUGGAAGGGGCCAAAAAAGCAAACGUGGUCCUGGAAACCAGACAACUGGCCAUGAAGAUCUUUGAAGAUUACACGGUUUCCUGGUACUGGAUAAUCAUAGGUCUCGUCAUCGCCAUGGUGGCCAGCUUCAUCUUCAUCGUCCUGCUCCGCUUCUUGGCCGGGAUCAUGGUCUGGGUGAUGAUCAUCAUGGUGAUCCUGGUGCUGGGCUACGGGAUCUUCCACUGCUACAUGGAAUACGCAAAACUAAAAGGGGAAGCGGGUUCUGACGUCUCCCUGGCGGACCUGGGAUUUCAGACCGACCUACGCGUCUAUCUCCACCUGCGGCAGACGUGGCUGGCCUUCAUGAUCAUCCUGUGCAUCGUGGAGGUGGUGAUCAUCCUGCUGCUCAUCUUCCUCCGCAAGAGGAUCCUCAUCGCCAUCGCGCUCAUCAAGGAGGCCAGCAGGGCUGUCGGUCACAUCAUGACGUCGCUGCUGUUCCCGUUGUGCACCUUCUUCCUGCUGUGUCUCUGCAUCGCCUACUGGGCCAGCACUGCCGUUUUCCUCUCCACCUCCAACGAGGCGAUCUAUAAGGUGUUUAACGAGACAGCGUGCCAGUUUUCUGGGCAGACCUGCAAACCGGAGACCUUCAACACCAGCAACGUCACCAAGCUGUGCCCCGACGCCCAGUGCCUCUUCGCCUUCUACGGGGGUGAGACGGCGUACCACAAGUACCUCAUCGUCCUCCAGUUCUUCAACGUCUUCAUGUUCUUCUGGCUCGCCAACUUCGUGAUCGCACUGGGCCAGGUGACGCUGGCGGGGGCUUUCGCCUCGUACUACUGGGCCUUCAAGAAACCCGACGACAUGCCCGCCUUCCCCCUCUUCUCCGCCUUCGGCCGCGCACUCCGGUACCACACUGGCUCGCUCGCCUUCGGCUCCCUCAUCCUCGCCAUCGUCCAAGUCAUCAGGGUGACUCUGGAGUAUCUGGACCACAGGUUAAAAGCUGCAGAUAAUAAGUUUGCCAAGUUCCUCCUGAGCUGCCUGAAGUGCUGCUUCUGGUGCCUGGAAAAAUUCAUCAAGUUCCUGAACAGAAACGCGUACAUCAUGAUCGCCGUCUACGGCACCAACUUCUGCACCUCAGCCAGGAACGCGUUCUUCCUGCUGAUGAGGAACAUCAUUAGGGUGGCUGUUCUAGAUAAAGUCACGGAUUUCCUCUUCUUCCUCGGGAAACUCCUCAUUGUGGGAAGCGUCGGAAUCCUUGCCUUCUUUUUCUUCACCCAUCGGAUAAAGCUGGUCCAAGACACAGCGCCGUCCCUCAAUUACUACUGGGUCCCCAUUCUGACGGUGAUCGUGGGCUCCUACCUCAUCGCCCACGGGUUCUUCAGCGUCUAUGGCAUGUGCGUGGACACCCUCUUCCUCUGCUUCUGUGAAGAUCUGGAGAGGAACGAUGGAUCUCCCGAGAGGCCUUACUACAUGUCCCCCGAGCUGAGUGAGAUCCUGCUGAAGGGGAACCUAGAGCCUUCCAAAAGCACCGAUAGCCAAGGCUAGGGGUGGCCCGGGGAGGAAGGCUGCAUGCCCGGGGCGGGGGCCGCAGGACUCUCUCGGUCCCCCAACCCAAGCGGCGUUCUCCUAAGCCAGCCACGCCGCAGAUCUUUCCCUUGGAUGUUCCUUCGAAGCCUUGAGGGUGGAGGGGGUGCCGAUUCCUCGGUGUCCCGCGCUGUAUCAAACCUACCUUCCUGCCCAAAAAUGAACGCUCUUGUACCGAGAGAACCAACCCAGAGCGUCACCCAGAGUUAAUCCGGGGUCCCACGUGUCCCCCGUGGCACCCGGCGAGGAGCUGGGUGCCGAUAUCUAGUUGUGUUUUCGUGUUGGAGCCGGAGAUCUUUGUUCCCGUGCGGGAAAAGGCUGGGCGAGGUGCUCUCCUCCCAGGAGGCAUCUGGCGUGGCGGGACGGCGGUUUUGUGGGAUGGGCCCGGUGGGUUCCCAAACUGGUGUCUCCACGUUUUUUCCUCUUGUGUUCCGCCCCCAGCAAAGAGCAACCGGCCUCUUUCCUCGCCCCGCUCUUUUCUAUGCAAAACUGGACUUCAAAAAGAUCGCUCUGGGGGGAUGGCAGGUCUUUGGCUUUGAAAGUCAGUUGCAUCACAAAACGGAGCUCACCCUUUUUGCAGCCGCAAACUCCCGUUUCCUUCCCGCCGUCGGGUUUAGGGGAAGCUAAAAAGAGCCAGCGCCAGUUGCAGGCCAUUAAAACUCAAGAUUUCGGCAUCCCUCGUUAAAAAAUGGGUUUCUCUUGCUGGUUGCGCAGAGGUUUAAUUGCUGCAGGGAUGUGGUGGCUCGUCCUGGGAGCUGUUUUUUACCCCCCUUUCCGAGGUGGUUGAGUUGAUGGUUUGGCUUCUGCCUGGUCCGGGCUGUAACAAAUUUCCACGCUAAUGCAGACCAUAGGUGGAAACACGUAGAGACCUGCAGGCUGGGGCCGGGGCGGGGGUUGUGGGACCUCAUUUUCUGCUCUUGAUAGUCCAGAAAUGAUGAAGAUUUUAAAAAAAAUGCCCUUCUGGCUGCACGCAGAGCCAGAAUAGUUGCGGCCACAUCUCCGAUUACAAACUCUCAGGCAGACAGAGCGCGCCGUCUUUCUAGUCGUGCCCUCUCAGGACAAAGCCGUAGUGUUCACGCUCCUGUUUUUCUCACAGAGAAAUAUUGAAAUCCCUCUCUGAAAUCCCCCAGGGCGCUUUCCCUCGGCUCAGAAGCUGGGGCUUUGUGGGUUUGUUUGGUUUUAGGGUGUUUUUUUCUUGGGUUUUGGUUGUUUUUUUUUUUUUUUUGGCGGCUGCGAUUUUCCUACCGCUUCUUGUUGGCGCAGCCGCUUUGCUUUUGAAGAGCAGGAGGCCGAGCUGCGCGUUUGGGUGCUGGGAACACACUUAAUUGUUCUGUAGGCAGGGCGUGUUAACGAGGGCGAGCGGCGCCGGGCAAAUACCCAGAGAAAUGGCUUCGUGCUGGCGUCAGGAGGGAUUUUGGGGCUGCACAAAGGGAGAGCGGCGCUCCGUAGAGGAGGGGAACGGUGCUCCCAGCCGGCAGAGCCGGAGGAAACCCUUUAUUUCUACGGCACUGUUAAAAUUUCCCCCGCCUUGAAAAAAAACCCCAGCCAACACCCCCCACCCCCCCCAAACCUCUGCUUUCUUCUAAAUAAUAUCAGCCUGUUUCUGCUCCCUGUAAAACGUGGCUGCGGCGGUUUUAGGGCUGAGGGCAUUUAGCUGAGACACAGGGAGAAGCACCCCCCUGGGCCGGGAUGAGCCAAAAGACUUUUAUUCCUAUCAAAGAUAAUUAUUAAACGAGCAGGACGUCUGCUCCUCCAGCAUCUCUCUGCCUUUGGGCCCCUUGCCCUGCCUCCUGCCACAGCCAACCUCCGUGUCUGUCCCCCCCCCGCUCCCCGAUCGCUGCGUGGGGCUGGGGGGGGUUUCUCUUUGCAGUGGAAGACCUGGAGCGUAACGAUGGCUCGGCCGAAAAGCCUUAUUUUAUGUCGCCCAACCUGAAAAAGCUGCUGAAGAAGACGAACAAAGGUCAGCCGGAGGCCUAGAGCCUGCCCUCGGCCCUUCCUCCUCCCCG